AUGGAUGACGUACUACUCGAAUCUUAUCAAUGGGAACAGAUAGACGAAACAACAAAAUGGGAACAAGAACAAAUCAAAGACAUUGAAGCAUUAGCAGAAAAAGAUCUGCAUAUGACAACAGAAGAAGAAAUGGAAGAAACACAAAAGGUCGAUACAGCCAAACAAAUUACAGAAGAAGAAAAAAAGGAACGCAACAUAACCGAGUACAACAAAAUUAUAUAUCUGAACGUUGGUGGUGAAUUGAUCUCUACAACAUAUGGAACUCUGACAUACGUGCCAAACACAAAGCUUUCGUUCUUCAACAGUUGGCCUCGUGACAAUAGAGGUCAUAUUUUCCUAGAUUUACCACCAGAUCUUUUUAAAUACUUUCUUCAUCAACUUCGUCGUUGGUCGAUUCGUGGAGAUCGAUUAGCUAAUGCUGUAUUCGAACCACCAUCAUGGAAAGUCAAAGAUGAGUUCAAUGAAAUGAUUAUAGCACUUGUUGCGCCAGUUCAGUGCACAAAGUAUAGGCGUGUUGAUGAUUUCACCCGUCGCGAAGGAUCUGGUGCUGGAAGAUCUUGUGACACUAAUGAGACUGCUGGUUGGACACGUUUCGUUGAUCAAGCAGGCACGACAAUCAUCAAUCAUAUUCCAGAGUCAGGCCUUCGUCUAUGUGGUGGCGGAAGCCCUGGUUGGCUAUUUGGUGUUUAUCCUUCAAUACUUUAUUCAACAACGAUUGGAACUAUGUGCUAUGUCAGCCCGGCUGGUACACCAUGUGCGCGCAUUGCUGCUCAGGCGGUACGUGUCACACACUGUGGCGCAUAUUUUGUAUUCGACAUGCCGGUGGCACCUGAAUGUCCGCUGAGAGCAUGUAGCAUUGAUCAACCUAUGCCAUUUUGA